GCUAUGAAGCCGUACACUCCAGCGUUCAUUCUCCUGUGGAGUGCUGUUGGGAUAGCAAGGGCUGCCAAAAUUGUUGUGGUGCCGCCAAUUAUGUUUGAAAGCCAUCUUUAUAUUUUCAAGACUCUGGCCUCAGCCUUGCAUGACCAAGGUCACCAGACAGUGUUUCUCCUCUCUGAGGGCAGAGAGAUUCCUCCAUCUAAUCACUAUAGACUUCAGCGCUACCCAGGGAUCUUUAACAGCAGCACCUCGGAUGAUUUUCUCCAGUCCAAGAUGAGGAGUAUCUUCUCUGGGAGACUGACAGCCCUCGAACUGUUUGAUAUCCUGGACCACUAUUCCAAGAACUGUGACAUGAUUGUUGGCAACCAAAACCUCAUGCGUACCCUGAAACAGCAAAAAUUUGACCUGCUCCUGGUAGAUCCCAAUGAGAUGUGUGGAUUUGUUAUAGCUCAUCUUUUAGGGGUUAAAUACGCCGUCUUUUCCACUGGCCUCUGGUAUCCAGCAGAAGUGGGUGCUCCAGCUCCCCUGUCUUAUGUUCCAGAAUUUAACUCGCUGCUCACAGACCACAUGAACCUAUUUGAGAGGAUUAAAAACACUGUUGUUUAUCUUAUUUCAAGAUUUGGAGUCAGUUUUUUGGUUCUGCCAAAAUAUGAAAGGAUAAUGCAGAAAUACAAGGUUCUGCCGGAACGGUCCAUGUAUGACUUGGUUCAUGGAUCCAGCCUGUGGAUGCUUUGUACUGAUGUAGCUCUGGAAUUUCCAAGACCGACGCUGCCCAAUGUUGUUUAUGUGGGAGGAAUCCUAACCAAACCGGCCAGUCCUCUGCCAGAAGAUCUCCAAACGUGGGUGAAUGGUGCUAAAGAAAAUGGCUUUGUCCUCGUCUCAUUUGGAGCUGGAGUGAAAUACCUCUCAGAAGAUAUAGCAAAUAAGUUGGCACAUGCUUUGGCGAGACUGCCUCAGAGAGUUAUUUGGAGGUUUUCGGGAAGCAAACCAAGGAAUUUAGGCAACAAUACGAAGCUUAUAGAAUGGUUACCACAGAAUGACCUUCUUGGUCACUCUAACAUUAAAGCUUUUCUUAGUCACGGCGGUUUGAACAGCAUUUUUGAAACCAUGUACCAUGGGGUCCCGGUGGUGGGGAUUCCUCUUUUUGGAGACCAUUACGAUACUAUGACUCGUGUGCAGGCCAAAGGCAUGGGAAUAUUGUUGAACUGGAAGACCAUCACUGAGAGCGAAUUGUAUGAAGCCCUAGUAAAAGUUAUUAAUGAUCCCAGCUACCGGCAGCGGGCUCAGAGGCUGUCUGAGAUUCACAAAGACCAGCCUGGUCAUCCUGUUAACCGGACUGUAUACUGGAUUAAUUACAUCCUCCGUCACAACGGAGCCCAACAUCUACGUGCCGCUGUUUACAGCAUCUCUUUAUAUCAGUAUUUCUUACUGGAUAUUGCCUUUGUUGUAUUAGUGGGUGCUGCCUUACUUUAUUAUAUUUUGGUCAGGAUAACAAGAUUUAUCCACAAACAAAGCAAACAUCUUUGGUCAAAUGACGAACAUAGUGCUGUUAAUGGACAUUACCAGAAUGGGAUACCAAAUGGCAAGUACAGAAGAAAUGGCCACAUUAAGCAUGAAAAAAAGGUGAAAUGAGCCAACUGCCCUAUGUAAAGUAGUAAUGAAUCAGAUCAGUAAUCGAAUUUUAUCGCUGUAACUUAGUCUAACAACUACUUAAAACCUCAAUAAGCAGUUCUAACACUCCCCUUCAGUAUGUAAUAUUAUGUGACAAAAUUCUACGGAACUAAGAAAAGUCUUUAAAAAAAAAAAAAAAAAAAAAAAGCAAGCACAACCUAAAAUGGAAAAUAUUUUAUUCUUAAUACUGAUGCAGAGAAGUUAUUUUGGCACUGAAGUUUUUAGAAGCCUUAAUUCUCUUAAAGUUAUACAAUGAUCUUAUUUAUGAAUUUUCAGUUUUUAAAAGCUAAAUGUGUGCGUCCCAAAUGAGGAAAGGUUUCUUUUUAUUUGCAGAGGUUUUUCUUUUAUUUUUUUAUUAUUUUAAUAUAUCCAUCUUUUAGCUGAGAGAACUUUAGAGCUAGCUCUGUUUCCUCUGUUGAAGGUCCAACAUGUUGUGUAAGAAUGCUGUUUAAAAAAAAAUAAUUUUUCCCAGUCUUUGUGCAAGGAAUAGCAAGCUGCAGACUGAGAACACAGACAUUUAAAAAACCCAAAACUUAAAAUGAGCACUGAAGAAAAAUGGCAAAAAUAUGUACUCCUUUUACUGAUAAGCUGCAUGACUCUUCUGCUCACUACCAG